UGAUUAGACUGCUUCAGACCCGAAUGUGUUUUCGGGAGGGAAACUCCUUUGCUUUGGUUCCGAGGCAAACGCGGUUCGAGUGAGCGGCCCACGAGACGAAUAACACUGGGAUUCACGCGGAACAGUGGUCAUGUCUGGCAUUGCUCUGAGUCGACUUGCACAGGAGCGCAAAGCAUGGAGGAAAGACCAUCCAUUCGGCUUUGUUGCUGUGCCGAUGAAAAACCCUGAUGGUACCAUGAACCUUAUGAACUGGGAAUGUGCUAUUCCAGGAAAGAAGGGGACUCCAUGGGAAGGAGGUUUGUUUAAGUUACGGAUGCUGUUUAAAGAUGAUUACCCAUCAUCACCCCCAAAGUGCAAAUUUGAGCCUCCGCUGUUCCAUCCGAACGUGUAUCCAUCAGGAACAGUGUGUCUUUCCAUCCUGGAGGAGGAUAAAGACUGGAGACCUGCCAUCACUAUUAAACAGAUCCUGUUGGGGAUUCAGGAGCUCCUAAAUGAACCGAACAUCCAGGAUCCAGCUCAGGCAGAGGCAUACACCAUAUACUGUCAGAAUAGAGUGGAGUAUGAGAAGAGAGUUCGUGCACAGGCCAAAAAGUUCUCCCCGUCAUAAAGCAACACAGAGAGACGGGACGAAUGGAAAGAGGGAAGACGUGGAAAACAAAACAAAAAACUCAUGCUAUCCUCUCACCGGGACUAAAAAAAGGACUUUAAAACAUGACGUCUGUGCCAUCAAAACCCGAACCAUCCUCCAAAUCCACACACGCACACACACACACACACACCUUCACUUCAUUCGCUCUGUUCCUCUUCCUGAUCAGACGGACUGCUGGGAUUUUAGCUCUUGAUUGGUUCGGCGUGUCUGUCUGUGUGUGUGCGCAUACAUGAACUCGUCAUUUUAUUAUGUUUGUGAAAAGCUCCGUUUUCCCCUGAGUGAGUGAGAGUGUGUGUGUGUGUGUGUGUGUGUGUGUGGGACUCUGGUUUAUGCUGGGUGUUUUUGCGUUGUGUAUGUGGGAUUAGUGCCUCAUGGUGAAGUUUUCCCUCUGAAUGCUGAUCUAGGACCAGUUUCCUCUCCGUUGGGCCUGUUUGUGCGUUUUGAGCAGCCUGAUCUGUCUAGAUUGGCGGUCCUGUUAUUUGCUCCUUUGAGCAGCAGAACCAGAGUCCACUUCUCUUAAACAUGCUGUACAUGCUUUUCUUGUUUGUUUGAUGGGAACAUGUGUCCUGUGUUCACACUGAUUGUGUCUGUAUGUUUAAUAAAGCUCUUUCUACAAAAGA